AUGCAAAAGAGAAUGUAUCCGGCUAUUGGAAGAGUCCCGAUCAAGAUUGCCACCCGAUUCGAGAACACUAAGAACGACGAUGAGCUGAGGCUCAAGGGAAUUCCCCUCUGUUCAAUCGAUGUCACUAUCUCGCAUGUGGCGGUUAUGUAUGCGGCUGGCCGACUACUCGAUAGCAUACGCGAGCCAUUCAAUGCAUCAAUCAUACGCGCGGAAAUGGACCAAUUGAGCGACCGGGAAGAAAGGACUCCGACAGUGACCAAUGAAGAUUAUGAAAAUUGGAAGCAAGAACAAUUAAAGGCGGGAACGAUUGACCCGCUGUUUCUCAUACCAACCAUGAUCCUAUCGUUCAGCAUUGGAAAUAAACCUGGAUUUUGGUCUGGGGCGCGUGAGAUGCUUCAUACCCAAGGCAGCGAUGGAGUUCGUAACAUCCGAGGAAGGUCUGGUAUCGAUGAUAUAGCGAUUCGGAAGGUUCAGACUUGGUUUCUUUAUAUAGAUGUUUCUGAUCCUCUUCGCCCACGCUACGCUUUCUUGGAGGAGUGUAACAUUGUUGAGUCAACUCAAGCGAGGGAUAGCGGAAGACCCAAACCACUUUAUAUCUUCAAUGCUCGCGAACAUGCUUACCAACUCAUGAUACCCGAAUCUGAACUAUUCUCCAAUGGCGGGAGGUUCGGUGAAGAGCAGUGGUCGCGUCAUGUAGAAGGGGUUCGUCAAACCGGAUUUAGAGCAUUUAACAAGCUCCCUGACGAUCCCGACUUGGACCCGGACUACAAGGCCUUACUGAUAUCAAGGAUGAAGAGAGCGCGAGAGCAUCCAGCCGUCGUCAGAAUGCAAUCUUUUGGGUGGUUCACACCCGACGAUGUAAUUAACCCCGACGGGAGUGCCCUACUGCAAGGAAUCGAUCUAGAACUGAAAGAACUCCAAGUUCCUAAACGAAAGACGCGGCAACGCAAGGCCGCUGGGGCGAAGGCCGAUGCCAAUGAACAGGCACCGGAGACGAACGGUAAGCAAUUGAUAGUACCUAGAGAAAGGGAACGGCUUACGUUCGGGACGGCUCCUGGGGAGAGAAACCCCAGAGAGAGCGUACACAUAGUAGGCACCGGGAGGCGCCGAGGAGUGGCACUCGUCGGGAACGACGCGGUCAAGCUAUCCCCGUCUGCCUACGCGGCCCUAAUGAAUAGGGCCCCACCCAUCCGGAGGGUGCUGAGCUGGCCGAAACCAGCGAUCGAGACCCGCAUGAUAGCGGAUGCCCCCAAGGAAGGGGAAGCAGCGGUUCCUAGGAACGCUGAGGCAGCCGUCAGAGUCCCGGGAGAGCAAGAACUUACUCCCGGAGGAACCGACAGAGCGCCGGCUGCCGUUAGAGCGCCAGAGACACCCUCGACGAACAUGAGGAGGAAGGACACGUCCUCGGACGACGAUGUGUAUGUAACUGCCAGAACAAGUCGAGUAUGCGACGAGAGUGUCGUUCUGGAUAGUGAGGGUGAACCGCUGUUAGCGCAAUACGUAGUAAAUGACGAUACCAGUAAGACGCCCUCCGUUAGUAGCGAGCGAAGGAAGCGCUGGCGCCGUAAGUCCAAGGGGAACAUGAAAGACCCGAUUGGAAGCCCCAGUAAUGAGUCUAAGUCAACGGCUAAUUAUGAGGGACUUACCUGGGAUGAGGAGGUCCGACGGGUCAACGGCGAAGACCCGGGUGGUCCAAACACCAGCCUCCCGGACAUUAGUGAAUGGGUGAAUCCCGACUGGUCACGGUCGGACUACAUCCACGAAAGCAAUGAGCAGAGCGCUGGGACCGAUGGAGAGAGCGUACAGGUCAAUGCGCUCAUCUUCGAGGUUGAUGACAACUACGUAUACGACGACGACGAGUACGUGGAGGUGCUGCGCAAUUUGCGCAAUCAAGACCGACCUGAGAGCACACAUAGUCAGUCCCGAGGGGCUGGCCCAUCGCAAGCUCGCCAAACGCACCGAGUCACGGUGGAGGAAAUUGACGAAGAGACUGAAACAACUGAGACUAGUCGGACGCGCUCGUACGUCGGUAAAGGAAAGGGCAAGAAGAAGCCUAGGGAAAGGAGCAGGAAACGCAAGCGGCCAAGCCUUGGGAUGGCACUCGACGACCUAGAAGGGUCGCGAGGAGAAAGGGGCCGACCCACAGUCAGCAGGGAACCCUCAGUCACGUACCGAGGAGGAGGAUACCUGGAAGGACUUAUCAGCCCCUCACCAGCUCAACCUACGAUGAACGCUGAGAACGACCGAGAAACCGUACCAAGGGGUGAUAGGGGCGGGGCUAGAGACAAGCCUACAACCUGUAGCAGAAGAACCAACCCACCGCCUUCUACGGUGGAGUCGCCGGCCCCAUUGCAUGGGCAAGGUGGUGACGGGGAACUCCCGCAUACAGGCACCCCUGGAAGUGACUCAGAGCCCUCCGAUUCAGACUCGUCUGACAGUGACUACAGCUUGACCAACAAGUCUAUCUCCUCACGAUCCACGGGGAUGACGAGACAACAAGCUAGCCGUGAGCUGGAAGACAUAGUCAGAAAGCUCAGGAAACAGAACAAACAACUGGAGAAGAAAAUUGUGACACAGGCAAGAUCAGGGUACAAAGCCCAGACGCCUAAAGCUUACAAGGGCGAGGCGGACAUUGAUAAAUACGACAUGUUUAUCUUUAACUAUAAACUAUACUUGUCAGAUACCAAGCUUAGCGACCGCAAGGCCGUCCUCACAGUGAGCCGAUUCCUUGAGGACAAGGCGGCGACAUGGUACAUGAUGAAUGUAGCGCCAGACCCUGAAGCUUAUACAAUGGAAACAAUAUACAUUGGACUUUACAAAUAUUGUUUCCCCCCCGACUUCAAGGAGGAGGUGCAACGUCAGUAUAACCAGAAGCGGCAAGGGGACCUGAGCGUUCAGGACUACUUCGCCAAGCUGGCUAGGCUCCAUCGCAGACUUAGGGAUAUUGACGAUAGACAACACAUUCUGAGAAUCUGGGAGGGCGCCGCGCAGUAUAUUAAGGUUGAAUGGGCUCUAAAAUACAUGCAGCCGGAAACUACAGACAUAGAGACACUGCAAGAAGCGGCAUUGGCAGCAGAAAGGGCGCAUAAGAUCAAACGGAAAAUCAAAAGGUUGGGAAACAACAAGGGAAAUCCACAGAAGGAGCGGUCGUGUAGCCCCCCCAGGAAGAACAACCGCCAUCCUAAUUACAGAAGCUUGGCUAAUGGAUCAAACGGGAGGAACCGCAACCAUAGAAGCGGAAGCUACAAUGGUAACGGCGAACACGAGGAAGGAAAACUCACAAAUGAAGAACGGGAUAGGCUAAAGGCCGCCGGGCUAUGCUACGUGUGCCAGAGGUCGGGUCACCUCGCCCGUGAUUGCCCAAAGUUUCACAAGGCAAAACCGUUGCAUAUACGUGCAAACGCGGUUAAAGUCAGACCCAAGGAGAAAGUCCAAGUGUCCUCAGUCAUGCUCAAGGAACUGGAGGAACUCACCCAAACAAAGGACAGAAUCAAAGUGAACGCCGUGAGGGUGGGACCAAAGAAAGAGCCGACACCGAAACAUAUAGAGCGCAAUACUGUCAAGGUCAAGGACAACUCACGCAAGGUACCGGAUACACUGGUUGUCGAGGCCAAGAUCAAAGGCAAGUCGGUCCGUGUACUGCUCAACUCAGGAUGUCAAACUGACCUGGUGUUGUCGGCGUUGGUCAAUCAGCUUAAAUUGCCAAGGAUGGCACUGACAAAACCGUUACAAGUGCAACUGGCAAUGGCGGGGUCAAGAGGCACAUUACAUUAUGGUGUAUCAGCUAGAUUAGAAUAUCAAACGAUCAACAAAAAGCAAGGGUUUGAUGUGGGAAACCUGGACAACUACAACGUGAUCCUGGGCACGCUGUUCCUAUUCCAACAUAGCGUAAGACUGAGCUUCAACCCGUAUGGGGUAUACAUUGGGUCUAAGGAGUCGUUACCACUGGAAGGAGAGAACGUGAUCCAGAUAAACUUGUUGUCAGCAGACAUAGUUGGCGCCAGGAUGGUCGAGCUACGAGAAAGUCUGAGAGCGGAGGCGUCCAACGUCUGCAAACCAAAGGACGGAACAAUACCAUUACCACCAUUUAGAGCCAUAAACCACCAAAUACCCCUGUUGGACGAAUCCAAGGUGUAUAAGUUCCGACCGUCUAGGUGCCCUGAAGCGCUGAAAGGUCAGUUUGAGGCUAAGGCACACAACUACCUGAAAUCGGGACGGUGGAAACACAGCACCAGAUCAAACGCUAUACCAAUGCUAUUCAUACCUAAGAAGAAGGAUGGAAAGGUUGAGCUACGCACCGUACUAGACAAGCGGGAACAGAACGCAAACACAGUGAAGCUGGCGUUGCCGUUACCAAUACCAGAGGAUAUACUAAGCAAAGUCAGUAAGCACAAGUACCGGACGUUGUUGGACGGGAAAGAUGCGUACGAACAGAUCCGCGUAGUAGAAGACGACGUACCAAAGACGUUGUUUCAUACACCGAUGGGCACGAUGGUCAGCCAGGUGAUGCAACAAGGGGACUGCAACGCAGGGGCCACAUACCAAGCACUAAUGAACCACAUAUUUGCCCCCUACAUAGGCGUAUUUAUGUUUGUGUACCUGGACGACGUUGUGAUAUUUUCAGACACGCUAGAGGAACAUGUAGAACACAUACGUACCGUACUGAGAGUGCUGAAAAGGGAGCGGCUAUUCCUGAGCCCAAAUAAGAUGCAGUUCCUAGCUGAGGAACUGCAUAUACUUGGGCACAUAGUGGACGACCAAGGCAUUAGGAUGGAUCCUAAUAAAGUUGACUCAGUAUCGAAAUGGAAGACACCCAAAAGCAAGGACCAACUGGCAAGCUUCCUGGGAGCCGUGGGAUACCUCGCCCCAAAUUGCCCAGGGAUACGGAUCCCAAUGGCGCCGCUGGCCAAACGAGCGAGUGGCGACACCCCGUUCCGCUGGGGCGGGCUGGAGGAGCGGGCCUUCCGCAAGGUGAUACAAUUAGUAGAAGACUACAGAGAUAAACAUUGCGUAGCAUUGAAGUACGGGCCGAACAAGGACCCAAUCUAUCUGAUAACGGAUGCUAGCCUCACGGGAGCAAGUGGACUAGUGAGUCAAGGAAGAGAGUGGCAGACGGCGCUGGUAGCGGCGUUCUGGUCAGCCAAAUUUACCUUGGCGCAGCAAAACUACACAGUGACUGAGCGCAAGGCAUUAGCAAUAGUGGCAUCGCUGGACAAAUUUCAGCCGUUACUGCAUGGCGUGAAAUUCGAGAUACUCACCAAUCACAAGGCACUUGAGUACCUGAUGACACAGAAAACGCUCAACGCGAGGCAGACAAGAUGGUUAGAGACAAUUAAUCAAUUUGACUGCACAAUUAGAUACAUCGAAGGGUCCCAGAACGUGCUGGCGGACGCACUUUCUAGGAUGUACAGCGAGGACAAAAAGGGAACGGUACAGGCGGCAAGUGAAUACAUGGCGGACAUAGAUGGAAGCGACACGACGGGGGACGCGCAUACACCCACUGUACAGUUGACGCGACCCGUGAUCACAGGUAUGGCAGCAAAAGUAGCGGCCAAGAGCCGAGUAACAUUGGAAGGGGUGAGGCGAAACCCAGCUCGUAAACGUGUGGCGCCGGAACGAUACAACCCAGAGAUCCCGGGAAGGGGCAAUUCCGGAAGAAUUGGGACAAGAGCCCCGAAGAGAAGAGGCACCGCUGAUAAAGCAAAUUGGGACCCUGACAGAAGGGAAGAAUUUGAUGAGAUCAUGAAUGGGUCAACAGAAGCCGGGAGUGAAACACGUGAGACUGAAUCAAUGAGCUCACCAGCAAGCGUCAAGCUGGAGGGCGGGAAUACUACAGGAAACAAAGUAGACCCAAUGGACAGAUCAGACCACAGGCACAUAACACAGCUAGUGAGCGAAAUAGACAUAGUGAGCGCAAUAGCAGAAGGAUACAAGAAGGACAAAGACUACGAGAAAAUAAUUGAGGAACCAUUGCAAUUUCCUCAGUUUGAACUCCGCAAGGAACUAGUAUACUUUAGCAAGCACAGUCGAUUGUAUCUAUGUGUGCCAAAUACAACAAGCGGGGAUUGGCAUAUCCGCACUCUGUUAAUCUUGCACGCUCACUCAAUGGUAUUGCAUCUGGGAUACAAAAAGACGUAUGCAUACAUGCGCAAAAGUCUAUACUGGAAAGGAAUGGCAAAUGACACAAAGCAUUUCUGCAACGCAUGUGUAUCAUGCGCGUCGUCCAAGACAUCAACACAGAAGCCAUACGGGCUGUUGAAGCCAUUGCCAAUACCAAAGUACCUGUGGGCACAGGUUGGGGUAGACUUCUUUGGACCAUCACCUAACGUGUAUGACGCAUUUGAUACCUACCAGGUCGGACUACACUGCCCGCAACAUGGCAGAAGUGUUCCACGCAAACGUAUUCAGGCUACACGGAAUACCAGAAAUUAUAAUUACCUGACUGGUACUGAGAUCAGAUUAUCGUCCGCAUUCCACCCACAAACGGACGGGAUGACGGAACAAUUAAUACGAAGCAUGUCAGGAAUAAUACGUGUGUGCGUAAACCCGGCCCUGAGGGACUGGGCACUCAAGCUACCCAGCAUAGAGUUUGCAAUCAACUCAGCGAGGUCAGAAACCACGGGAUUCAGUCCGUUUUUGCUGAACUAUGGACGCGUACCUAGACCAAUGUUAGUGAGAACCGGGACAGACAUGCACGGCGUGCGCAAAGCAGCGCGUAAUAUCAAAUACGCACUAAUGAUAGCGCACGACGCAAUCAUAGGAGCGCGUGUGAGCCAGAUGGUUGAGUCAAAUCGACACCAAAGGCCAUCACCCUUCAAGCAGGGCGAUUGGGUCUACGUGAGCACAAAGAAUAUGCGCAUACCAAUGGGAAAGCCCCACAAGCUAUUGGCACAAUGGAUUGGGCCGGUAGUAAUUGAUGGAGUGGUAAAAGAAGGAGCCACCUACCAUGUGGAGCUCCUGGAGGACCUCAGGCGGCGCGGGAUCAAGGCAAUAUUCCAUGCGUCGCUACUCAAGCCGCAUAUACCCUACGAGGACCGCAGGUUCCCAGGGAGGAACUACAAGCAAAUCGCAUCGUUGGAAGCCAAUGACAACGAAUGGGCAGUAGAGAAAAUAGUAGGGCAUCAUGGCAAGGGCAGUAAUGCGGUGUUUGAGAUAGUGUGGCAAACUGGGGACCGCACUUGGGAAACGUACCGUGUGGUCAGGCACUUAGAAGCACUCAAGCAAUACUUUGAAGCCAUAGGGGUCAAACAAGCUAGGGACCUACCUUGGGCGGAAGGAGGAGACACACCCUAUGAUGAGCUUAGUGAUAGCGGGUCUGAAACCCUGGAGGGCGCGAGCAUGCGCGUACUUAAGGAGGGAGACCCAGAGUACAAGCACCUCACCACACCACUGUCGAAUACCAAGCUCACUGAAUUACUAUCACUAUACAAAAGAUGCCCCACGGCCAACGCUGGCGACGUAGUCGGGACCACGACCAACAACGAGACAAACCACCAGCGUAUCAACAGGACCAGUACGACCGAGUCAAUCCUGGGUUACUGCGGCUGCUCAACACCGUUGCGCAGACCAGCCUCGAAACCGUCCAAGCCCGUAACCCCCAAGUACAGCAAAGAGGCCGACGAGGGGGCAUGGGGCCACGCCCAAGAUAUCAGCACCAUUACCCGCACGUCGGUAGAGGGCAGCUGGACCUGUACGAAGGUAUUAUUGGCGUCAGUAUUCCCAAAACGGCCGACUCUAGCAUGGGUGAACGUCAGACUCACAACCUACGCACAGGAAGGCGCUUUAGACAAAGAAGAACUCAACCUAGUGCUAGGCCGAGGAGUAGAUCGUCCACACGUAGCGCUUCGACCGAGCGAGGCCGUAGCCGGUCAACUACCAGGGGAAGGAGCCUCUCCCCCGAGCGGAACGGAAGUGAACGACGAGGAAGAAAGCGAUACCCGAGCCUCUACCCCUUCGAAUUCCCGGAGCGCUAGCCGAUCCAGCUCCGACGACGCUACCGGAUCCGACCGAGAGAGUACCGCUGAACCCACCACUCCGAACGGCACCGGACCCGAACCAGAGGGGCGCGAUCGGGCUCCAAAUCAACGAUCUGUCGUCGAAGGUAACCCGGGCUAUCAGAACCGUCGAGAACUUGAUAUCAGUGACCGAGACCCUCAACGAGCGCGUCAAGAGGACUCACCAGCGCGUCGUGGACAGGGAGUGGGACAUCAUGGAAGAUAUGUCAAGGAUCGUACUACGGGCUCUAAGGAUAGGGGACGAACCAAGGAUCGGCGACGCGAGCUACCCUCAGGAACUACUAAGGCGAGCCUACCCGGCGCCCCCGUACAUGCCGGAGACCACGGAACGAGCGAUCGACGACCUCAUACUGGGGAUCGAGGAACACUGGUCGACAAUCAGGGGGAACAAGGCGACUUUGAGACACUACGUGCUGUCGCGGCUCCCGAAUCCAGCGUCGGAGAAGACGAGGCCGAUUCCAACGACGGAAGUGACGGCGGGCCCGAGCCAUCUGCAACAGAGCGAGACGAUCCAGACGUUAGGGACGCAACCGACCACGUCGCCAAGUGGACGACCCUCGGACCCGACGUCGAGAUGCGCGACGCCGGGAACGGACUCAAGACCCUCGAGCCGGAACAGCCUUGCGUCUCACCACGCAAGCUCGAGCUCAAGCGAUCGUCGGAAAGGGGAAGGGAAGGGCACCGGAGGAGACGGAGAAAAGUGACUGAGACGGCCGCGACCGUCUGGAGGGCGAGUGCAUCGAGUGAGGUCGAUUAUCCCGACUCUCCUCGAUGGGAAUCUCCUUUCACAGAUUUACCGGAGCAGAUAGAAUCAGAUGUUUCACUCAGGGCUACAGCUGUUCGUGCGGCAUCGACUGGCAUUUCCAGCAUACCCGGCGGUAUACUUACUCUAAUCGAUUAUCUGAAUGACACGGAGUCAUUCACUCGCCUUAGACAUAUACUUUCAUAUAGGUUGAAAUACAAUUUCUCAAAAGCGGGUACAGGAUACCUUCAAAAGGCAUUCGAAUGGACUUCCUCUAGAGGAGCUGUGCCCGAGCCCGAGCUCCAGCCGCUUGAAUACGUCAACAAAUGGGCGCAGUACGACUAUGAUAUGAUCGAAUACAAUACAGAGGAAUCGCCAAACGAAUGGGAUGAAGACGUUUGGUGGAUACUGCUAUACCAAGGGCUGUGCUACCGUGCUUCUGUUACCCUGGAACGUCUUCCAAACUCACACUUUCACCAAGACGAACACGAAUCUGACCCACCCUCUCGGAGUGAAGCUGCUACCAGUGCGGCUUUUGAGGACCCACAUCUGUACACUUCGCGUGUAGAGUUUCCAGGAAGAGUACUGGGGGACGUUGCCCAUCCAGCAUUUGAUGUUUCUUACUUCCCUCGUAUCUCAGAAAGCCAACUUCUCAGCGCACUCAAGAUAUGGUCCGAUUCAGUGUGGCUUCCUGACCUUAAAGCAGAGCGUUGGGACUUUGACUGUGGCACUCCCAUCCCGUUGCGCACCUUGAAUGUUUCCGGAUGCCAGUUUGUGACCCGUAACACUAUCCGCCGAGCGCUCCAAAUUGCACCUAGCAUUACACGCAUAAUUAUGAUUGGGUGCAGGAGUUUCCGUGAUGUCGACCUAUCGCUUCUCAGCCUUGACGGGACGCUAAACAACAUCGAUUGCAUUCUCACGCGCGACACGGUCAGAGAUCCGUUCUAUAAUCCCAGGCACAAGAUACAGUGGAGAGAUGAUGCAUAUGAUUCUGCUCGCAAACUUCUCCCGCAAGCUCCGAAUGAAAAGAUCCAGGCUAAGCUGGAUUCUGUACCAGGGGUAUUCUUCAAUUCAACCAAGGAGUUCAAGUUCAAAUAUUCUGAUAAAAUAUACAGCACUUACCACAGUCGCGGCCUUUCCUCGCGUUCUCUUAGUCAUAGCUUCGCCCGUCCCCCAGCCUUGGGGUUUGAUCCAUCGACAGGACAAGUGGUAUGCGGACCCCCACGUUUCUCGAUCAUUCUUGCAACGCAUACUGUCCACGACGUGCCCAUCACUGGCGCCACAUUCCCGCGCGUCCCGAUCGAUACCGGAAUUGAAGGUAUCGGGACUAACGGAUGUGGACUGACUUCGGUGUGGCGCGGGAUCAUAGACUUACUCGAGCUCCUGGGUGAUCCUUACAUCCGGAACAAACAGAAAUGGAACUUGAUUCGAUGGAGCCUUGUUGUCAAGUCUUGCUUCUCGGGCCCUGGUCAAAAGUGGAAUAAGAAGAGUGGGCUUACCGGAGGCGGCGAGUUUUACGGAUUUCCGGCUUAUUUCAAAGGAGGGCCCGGGCAGGCAAACGAAGAAUGGAUAUUCGCGUACCAGUUCAGGGAUGUGACUGCUAGGAUGCAAACAUAUUGGGCAAACGGCCCUCAGCUUGGCUCCCUUGUCUACCCUCAGUCCUCUACGCAGGACUGCUGGGCCUUUAUUCGAUACGGAAGAGACGCCAACCCGCUCUCGCAUCGAAUCCCUACGGUCGCGUUGUACAACGUACGAGAGUUCCGUCAAGCCAUUUGUCCUGACAUUCCAAUCUUGGAAGACGAGGCUAAAUGGAUCGCACGGGUCGAAGACGUUCUCACCAACGGGACCUGGCACCCAAGUUAUCCUAUCGUCAACUGGGACACCGAUCGGGGUUUUGCCAGCAACGGAGAUCCGAUGUGGGCUCAGAUGCGCGCUGCAGCCGAGCAGAUUACCAAACCUAAAUACAUGAAGGAUGUUCCCCAAGAAUUGAUGUUAUUGAUAGAGCGGAUGAUGGUGUCCCAGAUGAAUGGGGGUAGCGACCCAUUUUGA